AUGGGUGAAACACACAGAGGAACUAGAGCGAAUUUGGCGACCUAUGCUGUUGAUCGAUUCCGUAGACGUUCUCACGCUUAUGUUGAACCCGACGAGAGGAUUAUUCCGAAUCUCCAAGCAUGUGGCUUCGGACAUAUCAUAAAAGUUAACAACAACACCAUAGACAGAAAAUUCAUCCUUGCCUUGCAAGAGCGAUGGAGGCCUGAAACCCACACGUUUCAUCUUCCAAUAGGUGAGUGUACUAUUACUCUAGAGGAUGUUUAUAUGUUACUUGGUCUGCCCAUUGAUGGCAAGGCUGUUAAUGGAUCUGUUCAACAUGCUAAUUCAAUGUGUGAGAGAGUGUUGGGAAGAGAUCUAGUUGUGCCUACUCAAGGUUCAAGAGGCCAGGGUAUCAGUCUGGUCUCCCUUAGAGAUUACUAUGAUGAACUCGUCAUGAUGGACAACUUUACUGAGGAGCAUGUUUGGUUAAUGACUAAGGUUUAUAUAAUGUUGAUGUUUGGUAAACUUUUAUUCCCGGAGUCGACAGGUAACACUGUCAACUUUUUCUAUUUAAGUAAAUUUGACAGUAUUAGCAAGAUUAGGAAAUAUAGUUGGGGGUCCGCCGUUUUGGCGAUGUUAUACCAGUCUCUUUGUAAGAACGCGGUUGCCGAGAAGUGCACCUUCUAUGGAUGUGCGUUCCUCCUACAAGUAUGGGGUUGGUGGAGAAUGCCGACGCUGUCCCCGGUAGGCAGGAACAACUACACGUUCCCUUAUGCAACAAGGUUCUGUGGUCCUAAAUUGGAUUACAGUAAGAAUCCGAGGGGGAGUGUUGUUUUAUAUCGGGACCUAAUUGAUCACCUCCGAGCUGAAGAUGUAUUAUCCCUAAACUUUUAUAUGAUCCUAUAG